GAAGACUGUUAAAUAUAAGUACAACAUUAACAGUGCAAUGUCUUACAGAUAUUUAAUGAAUAUUUCAUCUAAUUUAAGAUUAUAUGUUAAGAAAAGUUCAAUACAUGGAUAUGGACUAUAUACUUGUGAAUUUAUUAAUGAAGGAGAGCCCGUUAUUGAAUAUAUUGGUGAAUAUAUAAGAAACAUUAUAAGUGAUAAGAGAGAAAAGUAUUAUGACAAAAUAGAAAGUAGCUGUUAUAUGUUCAGAUUAAAUGAGAAUAUAAUCAUUGAUGCAACAAAAUGGGGAAAUGUCAGCAGAUUUAUAAAUCACAGUUGUGAGCCAAAUUGUUUUUGUAAAAUAGUUAGCUGUGAUCAAAAUUUGAAACACAUUGUUAUUUUUGCCAAAAGGGAUAUAGCAGCCCAUGAAGAAAUAACAUACGAUUAUCAG